AUGGUCGAAUGGCCAGGACCCCGACAUCUGGUGCCUGAACAGGAUCAGCGUGGACGUGGACAACACGGACAUUGCUGGAGGAAGAUGGCAGUCCACUUUUGGACCAUGACACUCCUUGUGGUCACCAUGAAUGCCACCGGACACCAGUCAUACAACCUCACUCAGGAACUCAGUCUUGUGGGGAAAGACAUUUCUGACUACUAUGAACAACUGUUUCAGUCAAUUUCAAAACAUCACAUUGGAGAAGCUGUGACAGGAUUAUUGCUAAUCUAUCCUACUACUCUUCUACACAUAUUAGAGUCCUCCAAUGAUAAUCUUCUAAAUAUUCUUUCCGAUUAUGUUGAAGUUAAAAAGAAUAAAACAGAUUAUUUUAUCCAAGGAAUGAAAAUUAUAGUUGUGUCCCACAAUAUCCCAACAAGGAUUUUUGUGCAAUGGUAUACUUCAUUAAUAAAUGUGCCAGUAAUGUAUCUCGGUGAUGUAACACAAUCACAGUCUUUAGAGGAAGUUGUCAAAGAGUUUCUUAAACAAAUUCAUAAACUGGCAGUCUACAUUUUUAACACCAUUAAAGUGGGCAAUAACGUGCCAGAUGACUUGCACAAAACUGUACCUGAAUUACUCCUCCCAGAGCAAGUAAUAAUGUAUUUGUACAAAUCUAAAGAUUUCAUGGAUCCAGAAACUUUCAUAAACAUGUACAAUAAUCCCAUUCAUAUCAUCUCAGAUUCUGAGAUUGUAUGGCCUGCUCCGACCCGAUUCUAG